GCGGCAAAACCCCUUUUAUCGGCCGUUAAACCCUUCACUUUCUGUAAUAGCCUCCUCGGAGCUAAAACCCUUCGGCUAUUUCUGCUUCUGAUCGUCAGAUUUUCCGGCCGUCGUGGGUGGCGGCGCAAUCAUGGUGAAACGACGUCGCGAAGAAAUUGAUUCCGAUGGAGCAACGGAAACGGAAAAUACGACGUCGUACAAAACGGUUUUCAUAGAUACCAACCUUGAUACCCACUUGGCUGUAAUUGUCUCCGAUUCCGAUAAUAUCUCCGAUCUUAAAAAAAAGGUCGUGUUUGAACACUUAAGGUGUUUUCCUGAAAUGAGUGAGUUGAAGAUUUCUUCUGUGAAGGUGAAACGAAAAAGACAUUACUAUCAUCUGCCUGACACUAUGCUUGUUAGAGGUGUUUUUGAGGGUACCAAGAAGGAAUGGUUCCUUUCUGUUGAUGCUUCUAGAUUUCAAUGCCUUGAAAAUGACCAAGGGUUACUUUGCAUCGCGUAUCCGCAAAUUGAAGCUGAAAAUCUUCUCCCAUGUGAUUCAAUCAAUGCAAUGGAUAAGCAGAAGGUUUUUGAUACUACCGAAUCUUACCCAGCUAAUGGGAACUUGGCAUCUAGCUCCAUCGUGAAACACAAGGAAGUUGCCAAGGUCAUAGGUGAAUUCAAGAGUGUGAAGCGAACGGGUAAUUCACAAGAAUUUUCUCCCAGCUCUGGUCCUGUGGCUAAGAAGCGUAAAAUAAAGCACAAAGAAGACGGAGUCAACCACCCGGUAACAGUUACCAGCGCUUCAAAUCAUGGCAUAGAUAAUGGUUCUGAAUUUAAAAUUAUUGGAAAUGAUACUACUUUGACAAAUUCUAACGAAGGAGAGCGGGAAAAUAUAAACUUGAAACUGGUAGAUGUGAGUGCUGAACCCUUAAUAAACCAACGUUCUGAUCCCAGUAAGGUGUCAAAAUUGGGAAUGAAGAAAAGCAGGAAGGGUGGGGCAAGUGCUGAAAUCUCUGGUGUGCAGGAUGAGCUAUGUGGAGAUAGGAACAAUGAUGCACUUGGUGAAAUAUCACACUCUGGGACUCUUGCAAAUAAGGUUAAAAUUUUAGGUUGCAAGGAAAGCAGUGGGGCUUCCACCGAGUUCAAUCAUAGGGAUAGCUUGAAGAUCACAAUUCCAGAGAACUCCACAGCAGGUAAACCAAUAAAGGCAGCUUUAGCAGAAGAAACAUUAGGGGACCAAUCUGUGAGAACAGAUACAACCCAUAAGAAGAGGAAGAAGAAAAAUAAGAAGGGGAAAGACUCAUCCACGUGCCAUGAUGAAGUAGCCUGCAUGGCUCUGGGUUCCACUGAUAAAUUUGUGGGAACUAGGGGAUUAGAGCAAAAGGAAGGAGUUGAAAUGAAGAUCUUUGACAAGUUGACUGAUGUUGACUCUACUAUUCAUGCUACUCAAUCUAGACUGAAAGAAACAUCUCUUGUUAAAGAUCAUGCGUCAAACAAAGAGUGUCCAGCACCAGUCAGUAAGGGUAUUUGUGAAAUGAAUUUAGUUGGCCAACCUAUUCUUGAAUCCAAUGUCUCUGGAGACAAUGAACUUGGAAUUGAUGUUGCUAACACAACUGGAGAACAGGAGCUGAUACCGAACUGUGAUUUUGAAAUGCCCAUGAGUGAAAAGUUAAGCGAUCCAAGUACCAGGGGUCCAGUGCCUUCCUACCAGUUGGGAGAAUUACAAGGAGCAUCAGAAAAUAGCUUUGGGAGGAAGAGAAGCAGGGCCAAGAAGUCAACUUCUCAUCAGGAGUUAGAUAUGAAAAAUAUUGUUGGGGCUUCUCAAAAUGCUUAUGCAUCUGACCAAGAUAUAGUCUGUAAUGAUGGUUCAAGUGAUGCAACAACAAAGGUUGGUAGUAUGCCAAAAACUGAUGUGGAUCAUAUAAAUGAAAUAGGGAUCGAAGGCAAGUUGUCAGUUACUCAAGGUGCUGAGACAUCCCCUCUUUUAGAUAACAAUGAACCAACUGGGGAUACUAAAGAACAAGUUCUCUCAGCAAAAAGGGAAUUGGAUGACAAGGAGAACAUUGAAUCUGGAAAUGCUAGCAGCAUGAAGCGAAAGAAAAAGAGUCAGAGGAAAUCUGCUGAAAAGAUUCCUGUUAAAUUAAACGGAGAGGAUGGCAGUACGGUGAACUGCCCCUCUUUAGCUGAAGGGAUUGGAUCUACAACUGAUCCUGUAAUUGGGCAGAGUAAGAAAGGUGAAAUUUCGUUUGAUGCUGAAGUGCUGCAGAUUAGUCUAAAUACAGAGGUGAAAGGGUUGCCUCAAGUUCAAUCUGCAGCAUGCAGAUCUUCGGAUACUUCCAAGGCAGAAAUGAACAUCAAGGAAGUGGAAACUAUCUCGACAGCUCCCUCUGGUGUGAAGGUUGCUGAAGGACAUGGAAACUCUGGUCAACGUAAAAAUAAAAAAACAAAAAUGGAGGUUUCCACUCAUAUUAAUGAUGUUUCAUGUGCCCCUUCAGCAAUGCGUGAUACUUCUGUUAAUCAUUUCGUUGAAGGGUCUAAUCAAGAUAAAAAUGCAAUGCCUGCCAGCAAAAGAAAGGGAGCAUCAGAACAAGUGUCAAAGAGUACCUAUGCUGUAGGUUCUCAACACCAAGUUGAGAAAGCAACCUGCACUGAGCCACAACUUCUGCUCGUUGAGGAGAAGGGAAAUGAGGUUGAGCAUUUGCAGCUUAACCAGACUGAUAAAAAUCAGGAGACUCUGAGCAUUUCAGAAAAGAGGCUAAAAACGAAAACCAAAAAGAGCCAAAGUUCUAAGAAGAGCAAAUCCAUUUUGUCUAUUCAAGAUCAGGAAGGCAGUCACAAAAACUUAAAAGCUUCAAAUGAUAAUCUGGAAGAUGUGAACCCUCUGCCAGAGCCAAUGGAGAUGGAUGAGUCAGGUAAAAAUAUUCAUGUUGAUCAGUAUGGUGGUAACAAGUUGGAAAAUCAGAGUAAUUCUGGUAUUCAUUCUGACUUCGAGAGUUCUAGGGAAGAUAUCAAUGCUGACUCAUUUCCAGUGCCAUCACAUGCUUUAACUAAGGGUGCGUUAGAGGAGAUGCACGAACCUCAUGUAAAUACUGAUAAGAGUGACGCCAUAAACUUCAAGCAAUAUUUUGUUCCUGGCCAACAAGGAGAAGCUGCAUCAAAGAAACCAAUGAAACCAAACAGAGACACAAAAGCUAGCAGAAAAUCUAAGGGUGGUAUGACUUCUAGAGGAUUUUCGGAAGAUAUCUCGAAAUCAAGAAUUGAGGUGGCGCUUCCGAGUCAGGGAGAUAAAACACUCGAAGAAGCUGGAAAGCUUGCAACUUAUGAUGCUCCUACUUACAAGAAGAAAAAUGAAGAAUCUAUGGACGAAUCUAGGUCCAGCUCCAGCUCAAAAGGUCCUGGCAAAUUCCUUGAGGACAAUAGACAGCAAACAGGUUCAGAAAUUCAAAGUUUGUCUACCACAAAUACAAAAAUUAGGACUGCAAACAUCGAGGAUUUUACACAACCAAAGAAAGGACUGCUUCCUAAUCCAGGGCCUAAGUUUGGGGAUAGUAGAUCGAGAAGGUCCGACAGUAAAGAGGGUGGAGAUUUUGAUUCUACGACUGACACUCUAUCGGAUUCAUCUUCUUCUGGCAGCUCAGUUGAAGGAAGUGAAAUAAGUCAGGCUUCAACUCCAGAAGGAGCUAAUGUUGCAAAAAACAAUGCUGCUGCUGCUGGAAAGCAUAAGCUCAAAUCAAACUUUUUAGGUGAGGCCCUAACCAUGGAGAUGAUUCUGAGAAACUCUAGCCGUUUCAAAAAGGCUAAGGUUUCAGCUGCUCAAUCUCAAGAUGAAGAAAGUCAGCCUGUCGAUGUUGUCCCUGAUAGUCUAGCAGACACUCAGAAUGAGAACUCCUCCUCUCUUUUGUUGCUAUUGAAAUGACCCUCCCAAUAUUUGGUACACAAUCACCUCUCCAUCGUCUGUCACCUGGGGCUCUUCAAAGCAACAAGAAAAUAAAAAAGAACAAGGAGAAAAAUGCUUUUUGACUGUAUGUAUGUUAUGUAUUAUGAGAAAAAUCCUAUGCACAUGCCCUGAUUUUGGUUCUCUGAUAUUGAAAUUUUGUCGGGUC